UGUCUCCCUACUUUUCUUCCCAUCAAAAUAACAGCUAGUCAUAAGCUCUCCCCCAUCUCUCUCUCCUCUGUUUCUCACUCUAGAACACCAUGUUAAUCUGGGACUCCAUGACCAGCUGGUUCACUCCUACUAUCCUCUUCGUCCUCCUCAACCUCGUGAUUGUCACCAUUGCCUUCACCACAAGCUUAGCUAACCGCCAAAAACGAAACCAGACCCAAAACGACCCACAUCAACCACAACCCAUCGCUAGAUCAACAUCUCUGCUUCAACGCUUCAAGUCCAUCAAUCUCUACAGUUACCGAUCUCAAGAACCCUCCUCCUUCACCACCCAACUCAACAAUCUAGCCCUAGAUUCAGACACCCAUUACCCUCCUCAACACACCCAUCAACCACAAACCCUAGAAGCACAGACCCAAGAACCAGAAACCCAGAAAACAGAGACCCAAUUCGUUUCAGAACAAAUCUCGGAUGAAGAUGAAGAAGAAGAAGAAGAAGAUGAUAAUGAAAAUCAACAUACCAUGGAUGAGAUAUACAGUAAGCUCACCAGCCAUCACACUAGAACCCGGUCAGAGACCAAGCCGGCUUCAGGGAAAGUUCCGGUGAAGCUGUCGGAGAAGAUGAGGAAGUCGGCGAGUGCGAAGUCGGUUUUUGGGCAUUUCAAGGAAGAGGACAUUGUGGAGACUCGUCGGCCGGCGACUGUGAGAGAGAGAAAGGCGGAGCCGGACGAAGAGGUGGAUGCGAAAGCCGACGAUUUCAUCAACAGGUUUAAGCAGCAGUUGAAGUUGCAGAGGCUUGACUCCCUUUUGAGGUACAGGAGAUGAUCAAAGAGGGAGUGAAAAGUAAAGGUAUUCUGAUUUCCUUGGGUUCUUUUAUAAUAUUUUAUUAGUUAUGGGUACUUUUUUUAAAAAGUGGAGUUAUAUGUUUCCACUGGACUGUAGAAUUGUAGAUCUAUAUAGCUGCUCAUGGUGGUGUUGAACUUUGUGCCCUUGAGUUGCCUGUUCCAUAGCAUGGGAUGGGCAGUUUGGUCAUUUGAUUCUGAGGGUGUUGUGGGUAGUGAAGAAGUUUUAUGUGUAUCUUAAAGGGCUCUUUCAAUUUUUGCUAAUUUUGGGUGGGGAUUGGCCAGUCUGAAUUGGUGAUCCACUGCUCAUGUUGAACUUUUUUUUAUCUUUAAAUAUGUCCUACUUGUUUAUCUUUUUAAA